CUUAUUACAUAGGCUGGACCUACACACCUCGCGGAACCCUUCUUUGUUCUUCUCGGCUUUUCGGGCAGCCGCGCUGCCGGUGCGUACGCGUGCCACAAUUCCUGCCUAGAAAUACAGGAUCCUCUGAGAAUGCGCCGACGGCAUUGAGGACAGAGGCGGUAGAGGUUUGCAUGCCAAGCGUUGGCCCUAUUGUGGUGCUCGGAGCUUCAGGUGCUGGCAAGGUGGGCAGGCGGUCGCCGGUCGAGGAUUGCACCAGUCGCCUUGAGCAGUGGCGGCGCUGCCUCACAUGAAGCUCCGGAAGAAGAAUGCACUGCCCCUUCUAGACCUUGAGUCCAGCAGCUCUGGCAGCGAGUAUGAGGAGGGCGAGGACGAGGACGGCUCCUCCUGCCCAUACAGCUCCCAUGCCGAGUCCAGCGAGUGGGAGACUGACGAGGAGGGAGCGGCGGCUGAGCAGGCUCACACAGUCGGACUAAUUCCUGUACGCAAGUCGGGGAAUGAGGCCGGCGCUGGCGCAGUGUAUGACACGGAUGCCGCCGCCGGGCCGCGCGCCGUGGACCCAGUCCCGCCGGUCCUGCGGCCCAACCCUGCGGCCAUGUCAGCUGUCCAGUAUCAGCCCUGCCGCGUCCGUAGCGCAAGCACCGGCGCCGGCGAUCGCACUGGUGCCGGCCCGCAUAAUGUUUUCCAGGGCUACUCUGGCACAGCAGCGAUGCCGGUUGAGUGCUCUGGGCGCGUGGAGCAGGAGCAGGAGCUCAUCGAGCCCGAGGCGGAGGCCGAAAGCGAGGAGGAGGACGGGUGCGAGCGCCGCCCAGUGGCUCCUGGCUUCAACCCGUUCUCGUUGCUUACCAGCAGCGACGAGGAAGAGGAAGAGGAUGAGCCGGGCGACGGCGAGUGGGGUGACGACGCGGAGUCAGGGGCGGAGGAUGAGGAGUGGCAGGCGGAGGAGGACGAGGAGGCAGGGGAGAGGGGGGCCGCCGGGGGGGACGCGCAGGAGGGCGAGCAGGAGGGCGAGGCGGCCGGCGAGGAAUGCGGGGCGGGCUGCCUGGAGGCAGCCGCAGCAGGAGCUGAGCACGUUGCGGCCGGCAGUGCUGGCGGCGAGGCAUGGGGUGGCGGCGAGGCGGCCACCACCCGCACUGCUGCUGCUGCUGCAGGCACCGCCGUCCCCGCAGCGGCUGUAGAGGCUGGGCCAUCGACUGCUGCAACUGCACCAGCUGAAGGGGCUGGAGACGCUGUGUUGGCGGCGUCACACUCUGUUGCCGCGCUCCUCGGCGCCGCCGCAGCGCCAGUUGCGAGUGCUGGCAGUGUGGGGCUGUGCGCUCCGGAGGUGGAGCGCCGGUGUGCUGGCGAGAUGCAGGCGAGCAGUGGGGAUGCAGUCGGUGCAGCCGCACGGGGUGGCGAGAGCGCAAGUGCUCCGGCCGCGGCUGGGCCCGUGGAUGCCGCGGCAACGGAGACGCUUGGAGCCAGCGCAGCUGGCGACCGGCUUGCGCGGCUGCUGCAGAGCGAUCAAGUCAGGGCACACACGGCGAUAGAAGCGGUCACGGGGGCUGAGGUAAAGGCGGCGGCAGCGGCGUCGGAGGAAGGGGCAAGCGAGAGUGACGUGGAUGCCGCGGAGUGCUGGGUGUGUUACGGCCGCGGGCGCCCGGCGGGCUGCGGCUUCGGCGGCGACGCUGCCGGGGCCGGUGCUCACAGUGACGGCGCGGCUGCCGGCGGCGAUGAGCUGGUGGCGCCAUGCGGUGUGUGCUGUGGCGGCGUGCGCUACAUCCACCGGCACUGCUUCAUGCGGUGGCUGGACAGCAGCUGGGCCGUCACCUGCCCCAACUGCAGGUCCCUGUACGACAGGUCCGUGCUGGACACGUUCACGGACAGCGGCUCGCUGCGAGCGCUGUGGGCCGCCGCCUGCCCGCCCAGCCACGACCCGCGCCGCCCCUUUCCCUACAACUCCAUGGCGCACUUCUGUGUGGGCGGCACCGUGGAGGUGGCCAUGGCGGUGGGCGGAUUCACGGCAGUGCAGCUGCUGCGGCGCGUCAAGGCCAUGACUGACGAGUGGCGGCUGGCGGGCGCGGACGGCGGGCUGGGUCUGGUGCGGUCUGACGGCAGCCGGCUGGUGCUGCCGUCCUUUGAGGUGACCGGCCUGGUGCUGGAGCUGGGCGGCGGCGAGGAGGACGAGUGGGGGCUGUACGGUGGCAACCUGGAGGGGCAGGACGAAGAGGCCCAGGCGAAUGCGGAGGACGAGGACGAGAUGUGGGAUCCAGUACCGCCACGCCGGGGCCGCGGAGGUGGCCCGGUGGGCGCCUAUGCGGGUGGCGACGACGCCUCGGGCGCAGACCGCCGCCGCCCCCAGUCGCCGCCUCCUGGGGCUACUCGGCCCUACGGCGGCAACGGCAACAGCACCAGUGCCAGUAGUAGUAACGGCUUUCCUUCCAACUGGUAUGCACCACCGCGGAGCGCCCCGUAUGCCCAUGCCGCCGCGGCGGAGCUGCAGUGGCUGCAGGACAUAGACCUCCUUGCGGCGGCUCUGCAGCAGCAAGGGCAGCAGGAGGAGCAGGGUUGGCGGCUGGCGGCGCAGGCAGCAGGCGGCACAGUGGGGCUACACGGCGACCUUCGCGUGCCCUGGCUUUCGAUGCUGAUGCCGGGAGAGCCGGCGGUGUCGGCUGUGGCGGCUGACUGGCAACGCGCGGACUUGCAUGUGAUACCCAUGCCGGACCCUGUCAGGGUGGACGGCGAGUUUGCACGCAGUGUAGCGGAGCGCGUGGCACAGCGGGCUGAGCAGCGGCGUCGGCGUGAGGAGGCGAUGCGGCAGCAGCGGGUGCUGACACAGCGGCAUGCCGGGCAGCAGACGCGCCAGCAUGCAACUUCGGGGGCCCAGCGCUUUGCUGGCGGUGGCAGGCGGCGACAGUAAUUUAUGGCCGCAGCAGGUGCAAGUCGUCGAUCUCGCGCUGGUCGUGGCCAUAGUCUUUACGGGCAAGGCUUUGCUGAUGGACUUGGUGCAUAGGGUUGUGUGAGUGGACUUGGCGCAAACUUAUCAGUAGCCCUGCCACAAACGAAUGUUCCGCCUUCUCCUGAUGCUCAAAGCUGAUGGGCUUUGGCCGGCCGCCGGCGCUGUCCCAGGAGCACCGCCAGCAGCAGCAGCAGCAGGGGGUCGGGUGAUGAUGUGGGGCGCGGUGUAUGGAGGUGGCAUCCUGUAUGUUUAGCUGAGCGCUUCAUGGCGUUGAGCCAAUCUAGUCGUCGAACGGGUUCGAUUUUGUGGCGUCAGAGCGGCCUCACCCCGGUUAGCGCACGUGCUUGAGCGCUGUGCCGCAGUCGGGUGCACAGUGUCGUAGGUCGCAUGAAUGUAUGGUGCAGGAGGCAUGUGAUGUGGAUGUGGGAUGCAAGAGGCCUAAGGGCGCUCUGACGGCUGUUGGCUCCACGCAUUGCCUUGCGAAAUUUUGUUGGCGUCAGGAGUGUAUGUGGGGGUGCGGGGGCGUUCGGCGCCCCUGUGGAGCCCAAAGCCGGUCGGUCAGUGACCCAGCCAGGUUGUACAAUACGGUAGAAAAGAUGCAACAAGAUGGAAGCAGAUAGACCGCAUUGGACAGUGUCGGACUUGCAUCAGUGGGUAUGUGACGGGUUGUUUUAGCUGCUGCAGGGUUCGCAGUACUAGGCUGCGGAUACUUGCUGAGCAGACAGUGUACGUCGAGCGAGUUUGAAGGGCCAGACCACGGGAGGUACUAGGCAGCAAGGAAGAAGCUAAUGCUCUGGACCGCACGUACGGUAAUGCCAACCGCCUUCCUUAUUCUGUAUACACGUCACGGUAGAAUUGCACUCUUGCAUGUGAGGAAGAUGCAAAUCCUGACGGCCGGCAGGUGUAUGCAGGUGCAUGCGACUAGAACCAGGUACAAUGCGGUAGAAUGCAAGGGCAUGAUGGGAAGAGUGAUAGCGACCGGGUGAAUGUGAACGUGAUACCUUCAUGCACCAACCUCCUGCUGUAAUCCUGUUCCGCGAGAUUCCGCGGAAGUUGGG